AUGGAUUUGAUUGGCAAAGUGUAUCGAUCGAGUAAGCAGCAUAUGUGCAUCAUUGUAGCCAUUAACUACUUCACUAAGUGGGUCAAGGCACGAUUGGUGAAAACUAUAAACCAAGCCGAUGUGACCAAGUUCAUUAAUGAAGUUAUAAUCCACAGGUUUGGUAUAUUAGAAACUAUUACUACCGACUGCAGAACAGUGUUCAUUGGUGAAGCAGUUGAGACAUUUGUCAAAGAAUAUGGGAUCAAGCUUACUCAUUCAACCCCAUAUUUUGCUCAGGCUAGUGGUCAAUUCAAGACAUCAAAGCGAUCUGGCACUAGUACAAUAUCUUUCGCACUAACGUAUAGGCAUGAUGCUAUUCCGCUGAUGGAGGUAACUAUGAGGUCUUUACAAAUUGUCCAACAACACAAUCUUACUCUGGCCUAA